UAUCAAUGAAACAGCUGACAUUUAAAAUAGCAGGCACUAUCAAUGGAACAGCAAACAAUUAAAAUAGCAGGCAUUAUCAAUGAAACAACUGACAUAACUAAUGGAACAGCUAAAAUUUGAAACAGCUGGCACUAUCAAUGGAACAACUGACAGGGGAAACAUCAGUGGUAAUACAGUGAAAACAAUGGAAGGAUUGUUUUCAAAUCCCAUUGAAAUGAUCUCUUUCAUGUUUUCAAUACUUGGGAUAGUAGCUAAUGGAACUGCAAUAUUUGCAACUGUGAAAGCAUCGAACAGCAACAGAACACAUUCCAAACUUAUCGUAAGUCUGUGCAUAUCUGACGGUUUGGUUUUGAUCGCUAUCCCAUUAAAGUACAUACUUGACACAUUUAGAGAAAUAUUUGAAGACUGCAGGAAUUUGUAUAAGCCCAUCUUGUACAUUGCAUUAAUUGCCACUCAAAUAAAUCUACUUGGAAUGGCUUUAGAUCACUAUGUUGCCAUUAUGAGGCCAUUACAUCACAGAAGACUUUUGUCCAAUUUUCGAGGAAAUUUUCUUGUGAUCGGAAUUUGGGCACUUAGCAUUACAGCAGGUCUCCUGGAAUUCAUAAUUGGAUUAUUAAUGAAAGCUGGAAGUAAUGACAGCAAUUCUGUGUGCACGGCAAUUUUUAUAGAUCCGUACGACCUCGAAAUUUUCAUUAUAAGUUUUAUUUUUGUCGUCUUGCUAAUCAUCGUUAUAAUUUACACCAGAAUUUACAUUCGCCUAAAAAGCCCAGAGGGGCUUAUUGGAAUUCCUAAGCAACAAACAACUAAAGCUUUGGUGACUACAAUACUUCUAAUUGGAACAUUUACAGUCUGUUGGGCGCCGAUGGGAAUUUUCCAAAUCUAUAUGAACUUUUUAUUAAAAACUAAUGUGCAGUACUUGAUCGAACAUUUGCAGGAUUUACUCCUCGUUAAUGGAAUUCUGCUUCUCGUACUUCAGAUGAAUUCACUCAUCGAUCCUCUUAUAUAUGCCAUACGACUUCCUCAGGUGCGGAAAGGCUGUCACACAUUUUUUGGUGCGAAAAAAUCACGACAGGAAGUUUCAUUACCGCUAAGCCCUCUACCAGAUAGCAUAAAUCAGUGCACUAUUCUUAUGAGUGACUAAUGAUCACUAGCAUUUCUGUAAAUAUUAAUUAACAUAACUGUCAGCAUACAAAUUUAACUCAUUGACUGUAAUGUAAGUAAUUUAUUACACGUCGAUCCCAAUCCUUUUAUCACCCUGGACUAAUCAUCACUGCCAUUGUUGUAAAUAUUACCUAACCUAGCUGACAGAAUACAAAACUCACCAUAAUGAAGUAAAUUAUGACAUGUUCGUCUCCUCCUUUCACUGCCCUUAAUAUGUCUUAUCCAAUUUUCGGUACCUUAACCAGGUGGCCCAUGAGUGUGGCUAGGUCAUGGGUAUUGUUCUGUGAACGUCGCCUUGUUAAUCUUUGUUCUCAUUUAUUUUUAUAAUGAAGUAUUAUAAAUUAACUAUUGCCAUACUAAUUAAUUUGCCAAAUAGUUGACAGGAUUAUUUAUGUGAAUUAGUUAAAAAAUGCCCGCGGGCAUAAAACGUCUUUUUCUACGCCGUUGUUAGGAAGUUAAAGUUGUUUAAAUCGCCAAGAAAUAGUGGAUAUCAACAGCAGACAGACGAUGUUCAAUGCACACAAUGCCGGGGGACCACACAACGAAGCUUUGUAACUCUUUACAAUUAGAUGAUCUAAAACCUUCGAGAUAAUGCUUCUAUGACAUUAUAAUUUAUUACUCAUUUACAGUCAAUCUGAUCGUAAAUUCUGAUUCUGUUUCCUAAAUCGUACAAUCAUGCUGAAAAAAUUAUUUCCUCUUUACAGCUUUAUACUCAAGAUUAUAACAUUAUUUUAACUUAUCCACAUCUUAAGAAGAUUCCUGAGAUAUUUUAAGAAUUUAUGUAAUUUAGGAUCACAAUAUUUCAAGACAUUAUGAGCUUAAUUCUACAAAAAUCUACAGAAAUCCUAUUAAUUUGAAUCAUCUAGAUAUUUUCGUUUAAUCUUGUUUAUUUUUUACAUCCAUGACAUUUUUCACAGAAUAAACUGACAUAAUUUACAAAUUUUGUAUAAUGGAAUCACCCUGGUUUGAAUUUUGAACAGUUCAUUAGUAGUUUAAGGAAAUUUAGAAUCAAUAAUUUUUAUGCUAAUUAAAUGUCUUAAAUGGACUUGUCCAUCUUUCAAUGCUGCCAAGCAUGCUAAGAGUUGAAAAAUUUAAAUUUAGUUGCCAAAAGUAUUAAAUGGCCCCAUGGGAAGAACCUAUUGCUGGCUCUGGCUCAAAUAAUAUUAUUUUCAUCAACUCGUUCAACAAAUU